UGUUGAUAAAACUCGUUUUCUCAUCUGAGUGUCUCCUCUUUCCUGUCCUCUCCAACGUCCGAUUCCCUCUCUUUCUCCCCCCUUAUCCAAUCUCCCUCUCUCCCGCCCUUUUUCUACUUAUUUUAUUUUAAUUUCGUUUCGUUUCGUUUCUACUAAGGGUUUUCUCCAUGGCGGAGGCACAGUCGAGUCCCGGCGGCGGAGGAAGUAAUGAGAGCGGCGAUCAUAGCCCGAAAUCCAAUGUGCGAGAACAGGAAAGGUAUCUUCCUAUCGCUAACAUCAGCCGUAUUAUGAAGAAGGCUCUUCCUGCUAAUGGUAAGAUCGCUAAAGAUGCUAAAGAGACCGUUCAAGAGUGCGUCUCCGAGUUUAUCAGCUUCAUCACCAGCGAAGCUAGCGAUAAGUGUCAGAGAGAGAAGAGGAAGACUGUUAACGGGGAUGAUCUGCUCUGGGCUAUGGCAACUUUGGGGUUUGAAGAUUACAUUGAUCCGCUUAAGAUUUACCUUUCCCGGUAUAGAGAGAUGGAGGGUGAUGCCAAGGGCUCGGCCAAAGGCGGAGAUGCAUCUGCAAAGAAAGAUGUCCAACCAAGCCCAAAUGCCCAGCUUGUUCAUCAAGGUUCAUUCUCACAAGGCGUUAAUUAUGGGAAUUCUCAAGCCCAUAUGAUGGUUCCGAUGCAAGGAACUGAUUAGAGAUCACGCCAUUCUUCUGCAAGUUCCAUUAUCUUAUGUGAAGGACCGACAUCUCUGACGGUCUGCAUCAUCUUAUCUUGUAAGCUAUUAUUUUGUAGUAUUAUUUUCCAAUCAUACGUUCUUUGGAAUAGAUUCAUUUUUCAAAGAAUUGUUUAAAUGUCGAGAGGGUAUCGUAGGAUUGAGCUCGUGGCGAGCAUGUACUAUAUUCCAGUAACGACAUCGGUUAGGAAACUUCUCAUGCACAUUCUGUUUUAUAUGACUUGGAACAAUGUAAGGUUGAUUGCCGAGUCAAAUGGAUAACGUUAUGGUUGUUUA